CAAGUCGUCUUAUUGGUCAACCGUUAGAGUUCAGUGUUUAAGAUUUUUUUUGACGCGCUGUACAGUGUCUGGCAGUUUUCUUCGAGGGGAUCGUUUCAUCGAAAGUUUUGUGUUUUUGCUCUUCGUCACCGAUGAUGGAAUCCGCCUCAGCAUCUGCACCACUUCAUCCCUACUGGCCUAGACAUCUUUUGAUUCCCACUUACGUGGCCAAUGAUCGAUCCAUGGCAGAGAUCCUGACGUUUCUCUUCUCUGUGUCUGCGGUGUUUCUGCUCGUCACCUGGUUGAUUACUCGCGGGCUGGGAACACUGAGGCGUCUGGCUGUGUGCUGGUUUGCAGUUUGUGGUUUUAUCCACAGUGUUAUCGAGGGCUGGUUCUCUCUCUACUAUGAUGCUAUUCCAGGAGACCAAAGCUUCCUGUCACAGUUGUGGAAGGAGUAUUCUAAAGGGGACAGUCGAUAUGUAAUAGCUGAUAACUUUACUGUUUGUAUGGAGACCGUGACUGCGUGGUUAUGGGGACCAUUCAGCUUUUGGGCUGUGUUUGCCUUCUUAACAAACAAGCCCUACAGAUUUGUGUUGCAGCUCAUACUUUCACUUGGUCAACUGUAUGGAGCUGUGCUGUACUUCUUCAUAGAACACAGAGAGGGUUACGCUCACAGUGAGCUGGGACAUCCCAUCUACUUUUGGUUCUACUUUGUGUUCUUGAACGUUCUGUGGAUCAUCAUACCACUGGUGCUCAUUGUGGACGCCUGGAGACAGCUGUCAGCCGCCCAGACACAUUCGGAUGGCAGAAAGUCUCACAAGUCCAAGAAAAAAUAGAACGAUGUGACUGUGCCUUUACAUAUUCCCAGAUUUGCAAGGAAAACAUCCCUAAAGACACUUGGAGACCGUUCUGUUUGACU